GCUUGGCUGCGCAUGCGCCCCUCACACGUGCGUUUAAGACGCCGUCUCCACAGCUUAGGCCGGCUGGAACUAUGCUGCGAAUAUCUGUCCUCAGGCUGCUGGGAUACUCGGGGACCCGCAGGGUCUCUCUCCUGGAGAGUUCUGGCCCACGCCACUAUGGUUCAGGUUCUCAGUGUACCCGCGAUGAUCCUCAGGACACGCGCGCAUACUUCACCACACCCAUUUUCUACGUGAACGCGGCGCCGCACAUCGGACACCUGUAUUCUGCACUCUUGGCAGAUGCCCUUUGCCGCCACCGUCGCCUCCGAGUUCCCAGAACUGCCGCAACCCGAUUCUCUACAGGCACCGACGAGCACGGUCUGAAAAUUCAACAGGCGGCGGCCACUGCCGGCGUGGCCCCGAUUGAGCUGUGCGAUCGAGUCUCUGCCCAGUUUCAGCAACUUUUCCAGAAGGCUGGCAUCUCCUCCACCGACUUUAUCCGCACCACGGAGGCCCGGCACCGGGUGGCCGUGCAGCACUUCUGGGGGGUGCUGAAGUCCCGGGGUCUGCUCUACAAAGGGCUCUAUGAAGGUUGGUAUUGCGCCUCUGACGAGUGCUUCCUUCCUGAGGCCAAGGUCACCUGGCAGCCGGGCCCGUCGGGGGAUUCCUGCCCUGUAUCUCUCGAGAGCGGGCAUCCUGUCUCCUGGACCAAGGAAGAAAACUAUAUUUUCAGGCUUUCUCAGUUCCAGGAGCCACUACAACGUUGGCUGCGAAGCAACCCUCAGGCCAUCACUCCAGAGCCAUUCUAUCACGGAGUCCUUCAAUGGUUGGAGGAGGAGCUACCAGAUCUAUCUGUUUCUCGAAGGAGCAGCCACCUGCACUGGGGCAUUCCAGUUCCUGGGGACGAUUCACAGACCAUCUAUGUAUGGCUGGAUGCCCUGGUCAACUACCUCACCAUAAUUGGCUACCCCAAUGCUGAGUUCAAAUCUUGGUGGCCAGCCACAUCUCAUAUCAUAGGUAAGGAUAUACUCAAAUUUCAUGCCAUCUAUUGGCCUGCCCUUCUCUUAGGGGCUGGAUUGAGCCCACCACAUCGCAUCUAUGUCCACUCCCACUGGACGGUGUGUGGCCAAAAGAUGUCCAAGAGCUUGGGCAACGUGGUGGAUCCCAGGACUUGCCUUGAUCGAUAUACUGUGGACGGCUUCCGUUAUUUUCUUCUUCGGCAGGGUGUUCCUAGCUGGGACUGUGACUACUACGAUGAGAAGGUGGUUAAGUUGCUGGACUCUGAGCUGGCAGAUGCCUUGGGGGGUCUUUUGAACCGAUGCACUGCUAAAAGAAUAAACCCUUCUGGAACCUAUCCAGCCUUUUGCACUACCUGCUUCCCUAGUAAGCCAGGGUUGGUGGGACCAUCAGUUCGUGCUCAGGCAGAGGAUUAUGCUCUCGUGAGUGCAAUGGCUAGUUUGCCCAAGCAGGUAGCAGAGUAUUAUGAUAACUUUCAGAUCUAUAAGGCUCUGGAGGCAGUGUCCAGCUGUGUUCGGCAAACUAAUGGUUUUGUCCAAAGGCAUGCACCGUGGAAAUUGAACUGGGAGAGCCCAGCAGAUGCUCUCUGGCUGGGUACUGUGCUUCAUGUGGCUUUGGAAUGUUUGCGUGUCUUUGCAACUUUGCUUCAGCCUGUUACCCCAAACCUAGCUGACAAGUUGCUGUCCAGGCUGGGGGUCUCUGCUACAGAGAGGGGACUUGGAGAUCUCUUUUUCUUGCCUCGAUUCUAUGGACAUCCAUGUCCUUUUGAAGGGAGGAGGUUGGGACCUGAAACUGGGCUUUUGUUUCCAAGACUUGACCAGUCCAGGGCUUGGCUGGUGAAAGCUCACAGGACCUAAAAGCUCAUUUCUUACUGGCUUGGGGUAAAAGCAAUGUGUUAUUUUCAUUUUCAGGAAGGUUAUACUAGUGUUUUCUGAGCACAUACUCCAUGUGCCCGUGAACAAUGGUUUGUAGCCUUUCAGGUGAAGACUAUUUCCAUUUCUCCAUGCCCAUCAACCACUGUCUUUUGUGCACCAAUGUUCUAAGAUGUCUCUAGGGGAAAUGUGGGUAAGAGAGAAAAUUGCUGAUAUUUUCCCCCCAUUAUACCUCCUCUUAAACCACAGUUAUGUUAUCUGUUUGCCCAAACUACCUCUCAUUACUUCUGCUUCUCAGGCCAAUAAGUACAGUGACUCCUUUUAUUGAGAGAGGGGUUGGAGCCUCCCAGCCUCAGCUUUUAUAGGCAGCCCUACUUUGUUAACAUUGGGUUUUUGCAGAUUCUUUUAAAAACCAUAUGAUUUUUGCCCAUAUUCAUUCAUUUAAACUCCAUGCCUACUAGGACUCCCUACUUUGUCAGUCAGUCCAAACAGUUGUGUUUUGUAACAUUACACUUCAACCAGUAGAUGGCUCUAGCCUCACACUUAAUUACUUAAAAUAGAAGUUUCAGAAUUAAGUUUUCUGCUAAUUUCACUGGGCUUUAAAUUUUUAUACUUUUCUUGAUGAUGAGAUAUCAUAAGGGAUUUUUUUUUUUUGUGUGUGUGUGUGUGUGUAUAUUUGUGUGGUAUUGGGGAGUAAACCCGGUGCCUUGUCCACGCUAGCCACUCUACCACUGAGCUAUAUCCCUAAUCUUGACUCUCUUAAAAUAACAAUUAUUUGCCACCACUGCUAUUUUGAUAAGUUCUUUUUUUGGUGGUGUUGGAGAUUCAAGCCAGGGCCUUGCGCAUGCUAGGCAAGUGCUCUACCACUGAGCUACAUCCCCAGCCCUCAGGUUUUUUUUUUU